GCGCUACUACGCCUUCGUGGGCAUGUUCGAGUUUCAGCUUUUCAGGUUGAAGAACAUGGGAUCGUGCCAAGGGCGAAGGUAUCCCUCCACCGAGGGUACAUACAACAGGGCCGUGCUGCAGGUUGGUGGCAUUAUAGAUGCUCCCUUCUACUACGGCUAUGAGCUUCGAGCGCUUCAUCCGACGACAUACGAUACCACCCAGCAUGAGAACUGGUACCUUUGGCUUCAGGAUAGCAACGGCUACCCGCUCGAAGGCUCGCAGUCCACCAUCAAGUUCAACAAGUUCCAAGACGCAGCACAGACAUCGUUCUAUCACAAGUCCUGGGGCAUGUACAACGAGAUUGGCCAGAACAUUCCGGUCCAGGUGUUGAGUCUCCGUCCAACUUCCAUGACAAACGCCAACACGCAGGUCAUCUUCUACCCCAUUCAAUUCCCCAUCGCCCUCGACACCUCCCUUCGGAUCUCGGCACCCGUGGGUUUCAAGUGGGACCCGGAUCCGAACAACUUCUUCAGACGAUCCAACGGCACCAUCGCAGACUGGCCCGGCAUUCCGGAAGUGCAGAACAACAACCAGUUGGUGUGGCAAUCAAUCAGUCUGGCGGGCAACACUGUCUAUGGCUUCCAAGCAACUGUGGAAGUGCCGAACUUCAACCCCGUCAUGUCGGCCAACGCCUUCUUCAUCGA